GAAACUCGGUAUUCGGAAGAGAAGGGGCAGAGCGAGGGAUAGGAAAAAGGCGACACUUCCUCUUUUGAAGACUGAACUCCAGCUUGUCUGCCUUAAGCUUUAACUUACUAACCAGUCCACAGUAAACAGAAGGAAGCUGAGACGGAAACUUGUGGAGAGGAACGGGACUCUUCUAGGAGCAAGGUUUUGUGGGUGCAACGCGUUCAGUUCCGACACCAACAUGGGGGAACUUUUCAGGAGUGAAGAGAUGACGCUGGGUCAGCUCUUCCUUCAGUCUGAAGCUGCCUACUGUUGUGUCAGCGAGCUGGGGGAGAUUGGAAUGGUCCAGUUUCGAGAUCUUAAUCCUGAUGUGAAUGUGUUUCAACGAAAGUUCGUCAAUGAAGUGCGACGAUGUGAGGAGAUGGAUCGCAAACUGAGGUUUGUGGAGAAAGAAAUCAAGAAGGCAAAUAUAGCAAUAGUUGACACAGGAGAAAACCCUGAAGUCCCUUUUCCAAGGGACAUGAUUGACCUGGAGGCCACGUUUGAGAAACUGGAGAAUGAGCUGAAGGAAAUCAACACUAACCAAGAAGCACUAAAGAAAAACUUUCUGGAACUGACUGAGCUCAAGCACAUUCUGCGACGCACGCAGCAAUUUUUUGACGAGAUGGAGGACCCCAGUUUGCUGGAGGAAACUCAUGCCCCCUUGGAUCCCAGUGAGGUGAUCAGAGGGGCUCCUCUCAGACUGGGGUUUGUAGCUGGUGUCAUCGGCAGAGAGCGUAUUCCUACUUUUGAGAGGAUGCUGUGGAGAGUCUGCAGGGGAAACGUCUUCCUGCGCCAGGCAGACAUCGAAGAUCCUCUGGAGGACCCAGCAACAGGCGACCAAGUCCACAAGUCAGUCUUCAUCAUCUUUUUUCAAGGAGACCAGUUGAAAAACAGAGUCAAGAAGAUCUGCGAGGGAUUCAGGGCCACUUUGUACCCCUGUCCAGAAACCCCACAGGAGAGGAAAGAGAUGUUAGCUGGGGUAAACGCUCGCAUUGAAGACCUUCAAAUGGUGCUGAACCAGACCGAGGAUCACAGACAGAGGGUGCUGCAGGCGGCGGCUAAGACGGUGAGGGUGUGGUUCAUCAAGGUGAGGAAGAUGAAGGCCAUCUACCACACUCUCAACCUCUGCAACAUCGACGUCACCCAGAAGUGUCUGAUCGCUGAGGUGUGGUGUCCCGUCUCCGAACUGGAUUCCAUCCAGUUUGCUCUGCGUCGAGGGACGGAGAAAAGCGGCUCCACUGUGCCUUCCAUUCUCAACAGGAUGCAGACAAAGCAGACUCCGCCCACCUAUAACAAGACCAACAAGUUCACCUCGGGAUUCCAGAACAUCGUUGAUGCGUACGGAAUCGGAAACUACCGUGAGAUGAACCCUGCCCCGUACACCAUCAUCACCUUCCCGUUCCUAUUCGCUGUCAUGUUUGGCGACCUGGGCCAUGGCGUUCUCAUGACCUGUGCUGCUCUGUACCUCGUGUUGCGAGAGAGCAGGCUCAUUGCACAGAAGAAUGACAAUGAGAUUUUCAGUAUGCUCUUUGCCGGUCGUUACAUCAUCCUUUUGAUGGGAAUAUUCUCCAUGUACACGGGCAUCAUCUACAACGACUGCUUCUCCAAGACGCUCAAUGUCUUCGGAUCGGGCUGGAGCGUGAGGCCCAUGUUUGACCCUCGAGUUGGAGGCAACUGGACGGAUGAAACACUGGAGGAUGUCAAAGUUCUACAGCUGGAUCCAGCAGUAGCUGGAGUUUUUAAAGGGCCAUACCCCAUUGGCAUCGACCCAAUAUGGAACAUCGCAACCAACAAGCUGACAUUCCUGAAUUCCUUCAAGAUGAAGAUGUCCAUUGUCCUCGGAGUCAUCCACAUGCUGUUCGGAGUCAGUCUCAGCCUCUUCAAUCACCUUUACUUCCAGAAGCCACUGAACAUCUACUUUGGCUUCAUCCCCGAGAUUGUCUUCAUGGUCAGUUUGUUCGGAUACCUGGUCAUUCUGGUCUUGUACAAGUGGAUCGCAUACAAUGUGUUCACCUCCAAGGAGGCUCCCAGUCUCCUCAUUGCCUUCAUCAACAUGUUUCUGUUCAACGUCAGCGGCACGCCUCUGUACAGUGGCCAGAUGGCCGUACAGACCAUCCUGGUGCUCAUUGCCUUGGCUUGUAUCCCCUGCAUGUUAAUAGUGAAAACCCUGAUAAUGCGACGGCAGCAUAUGUGGCAAAGGCGCUUGGGUACGCAGAAUUUCGGCGGGAUAAGGGUCGGCAACGGGCCCACGGAGGAUGAGGCUGAAAUAAUCCAACACGAUCAGCUGGCUCAGCAAAGCGAUGAAGAAUCUGAGCGUUGCCUUUUGUCAACUGCUUUCAAGGCCCCCGAGGAAGAAGAGUUUAACUUUGCAGAUAUGGCAGUCCAUCAGGCCAUCCACACCAUAGAAUACUGCCUGGGCUGCAUCUCCAACACCGCCUCCUACCUGAGGCUCUGGGCCCUCAGCCUGGCUCAUGCGCAACUGUCGGAGGUGCUGUGGUCCAUGGUGAUGCGCAUCGGCCUCUCCUCCAGGAGCAUCGCAGGAUUCGUCCUCCUGUCCCUUGUGUUUGUGUUUUUCGCCAUUCUCACUGUAGCCAUUCUGCUCAUCAUGGAGGGUCUGUCCGCCUUCCUACACGCUCUGAGGCUACACUGGGUGGAGUUCCAAAACAAGUUCUACUCGGGACAGGGCUUCAAGUUCAUGCCCUUCACAUUUGACAGCAUCCUGGAGGGGACGUUUGAUGAAUAGAUUUUGUCACCUUUGUGUUCCGUAAUUAUUGUCUUCAGAGUUGUCUGCGUGUUGUUGAACAGUAGUCGUUUCUGUGAGUAAUAAGGCGGUUCCCAUGGUCACCUGUCGACUUUGGCUGAGACAUUGACACCGUUUUCUGUUUGAUAUUAUGACUAUUACAGUUUACUUAAGUAAAUAAUUUCCUCUAAAUAGGAUCCGAAAUUGAAUUUCACAUUUAUUCGAGUCCUUAAACUCUUACAUAAUUUAAGGAAAAGUAACUUUUUCCAUCAGAUGUCCAGCAUGCUGCCAUUUCUUAUUAAC